CUUUCCUUAGUCAUCCAAAAAUCAACGAAGGAGAUUCGAUCUCCCUCCUCACUCGAUCCGGCUGAAGAGGCGAUUCCUCGGCCUUCCUCGCUCACUCCGGUUGGAGAGGCGAGUCCCCCGGUCUUCAUCGCUCACUCCAGCUGAAGAGGCGGCUCCUCCAGUCUUCAUCGGUCACUCCGGCUGUAGAGGCGAUUCCCCGGCCUUCCUCGCCCACUCCGGCUGAGAGAGGCGAUUCCCCGACCUUUCUCGCCCACUCCGGCUGAAAGGACAUACUUUUCACUGUCAAGUUGGGACAAAAAAUUAAGGUUUUGGUAGAGAAUCAAUACAAGUAGCAAUGUUUGAUUAUGGCAAAAAGUUUAUCCUGGGAAUUGUUGUUAUACUGUCCGGCUACUGUCCUGCUUGGGAAGUUUGGGUACUGUCCUGCUUCAGACCCAUCGAGGUGGCGCUUCUCAACCCCUUGAAUCGUUCUUCCUGCCUUCGUCUUCUUCUCCUUCCUUCCUCGUUUGGGUUGCAGAAUAUGGGGUUCAUUGGAAUCAACGAGCUCCGAGAAGAGCAUGGUCUUAUUUAUAGGUUCCUUAUCCUCUUUGAGGUUUCAUAGUUGCAAAGUAAUCAGACUUUUCAGUUUUAUGUGCGAUCCUCUCUUUAUGACCAG